CCUCGAUUAACAUCCAGUUUGACAGAGAAGACAAGACGAGACAUACGAAUCAUUUUCCUUCAUUGAGGGAGAAGAACUGGAAUUGAACUUGAAAGAGCAGAGUAAAGGGGCAUAAGCAACCCAAGAAACCAAAUCAAAAUGCAUUCCCACCUCCACACACCCUACAACGCAAACUGCGAAGAUAUCAUGAACGCCCUCGACGAAUGCCACGCAAGAGGCUUCCUCUACAAAGUUAUGGGCAACUGCAAUGAAACAAAACGUCAAGUGAACAAAUGUCUAGCCGCGGAGCGCUACGCAAGAGCCAAGCGGAAUCGGGAAGAUGCCAAGGAGAACAGAAAGAGAAUUGAGCAGAUCUGGGCUAAGGAGAGGGAAUUGGAAAAGGGGGAGGCGCAGGCGUGAAAAAGGUUCAAAGUUUGAAUUAUUUUUUUGUUACCUUUUUGUUCUUGGAGUUUGUUUGGAUGGAAUUGGAUUAUGAAAAAUUUACUUAAAUCUGCGUGUAUAGGUAUAGUAUAGGCAUAGCUGGGAGAGAUCGGGGUCUUCGCUCCUUUGUACAACACUGUAUUAUUGAACUGU